AGAGAGAGAGAGAGAGAAGAGAGAGAGACAGAGACAGAGAGAGAGAGAGAGAGAGAGAGAGAGAGAGAGAGAGCAGAGAGAGUAGUCCAGAAAGCUGUGGAGCAUUGAAAGAAGAAGAAAGACUCGCUGCUGCCAGAUUUCCACACUCUACAACCUAAAAACAAAGUGAAUACUUGAACCUUGAAAAAGUUCGAAAAGCGGCCAUGGACGGGAUAACAUUUGGACGCACGUCGCUCUUGUGCACCUUGCUGCUCUGGGCAUUUCAAGCCUGUAGUGGAGCUGUGACCGUGAAGACGGCUUCUAAAGUGGAGGUGUUGAAAGAAGAGUCUGCCAAACUGCCCUGCACGUAUACUGUCGUUCCACCUAUAAGCAACACUGUUGUUGAGUGGUUCAUUGAGGAGCAGGGUACCAGGAAGCGCGUGGCUUUCUCCCGGGGUGGCGAGAGAAAAAGCGAUACCGACACCCAUCUGGCUGGCCGGGUCACUAUCGAGGAGGACUUCACCUUGACCAUCUCCGCGGUUCAACCCUCUGACGAGCUCAUCUUCUACUGCCAGGUCACCGCUGGCCCCGGUGGAGUUGGAGAAGCCGCCACUACGCUUAACGUUUUCUUUGCUCCUGAGAAGCCAGUACUCACAAAGCCAUCAACUCAGGCCAUUUCUGUGGGACAGACGUCCAGCUCUGAGAUUGGAACCUGCGAGGCGAUGAACGGACACCCCCAGCCGAGAAUUAUCUGGUUCAAAGAUGACCAGCCGCUGCCUGAGAUCAAGGACAGGAGUGAGAAGACCCAUAUGGUUCCCUCGGUGGUGAAGGAGGCCUCCGGUCUCGAAACCGCCAAGAACACCCUGUACAUGCAGCCCAGCAGGGCCGACAAGGACUCCGUUUUCUACUGCGUCGUGGAGUUCAGCCUGCCAGGAGGCGAGAUCAAACAGAAGAAGUCCAACACCAUCACCAUCAACCUCAACUAUCCCUCUGAGAAAGCGACCUUUUCCCUACUCAACACUGACCCAGUGAAGGAGGGCGACACUGUCAACAUGAAGUGUGAGACUGAUGGAAACCCUCAGCCUGAGUUUGACUUCACUAAAGAUACGAACGAGAUCUCUGGUCAGGGAGGUCUCCUGGUGCUGAAAUCUGUCAAGCGCACAGACACUGCUGUGUACAUGUGCACAGCCACAGAUUUCGACAACCUGGAUGCUGACCUGAGUGGAUCUAUCGCCCUCACUGUCAACUACAUCGACCCUGUGAACGUGACCCCCACCCAACCUCAAGUCAUCAUGCUUGGAGACAAGGUGGAGUGGCAGUGCAAGACCAAGGCCUCCGCUGCGCACACUGUUCAGUGGAAAAAGGGCUCUGAGGUGCUCUCACAGGACGGCAUGCUGUCGAUACAAGAUGUUUCCUAUGAUAAAGCUGGAGAGUACAUGUGUGUUGGAGCCGUGCCAUCUGUGCCAGGACUGACAGCCCAGACUAGUGUAAACCUCACUGUCAAAGGAUCGCCGAUGAUCGAGACUCCCGCUAUUGGAACAGUGGAUAAGGAAGGAGACAUGGUGGUUCUGAUGUGCACGGCUUGGGGCUAUCCUGCUCCGCAGUUCACCUGGAAGCCCUCAGGAAAAGAGUCAGUAUCAGUGGAAGGUAAUAAGGUGGUGAGCAGCGUGACCCUGGAAGCCACGGCCGAGAUCAUAAAGGACGGCGUGACCUGCGAGGUCUCCAACGAGCACGGCACAAGUAGCACGAUCCUCCUGGUGUCUCUCAAAAGAGCAAUUGACAACUCGGCCGACAGAGUGCUGCUCUCUGGAAACCCCGUGCUUAAGUCAGCUGACAAGCAGCAGGGAGGCUCCAGCGGGGUGGUGAUAGCCGUGGUGGUGUGUGUUCUGCUGCUCCUGCUGCUGGUGGCUCUCAUCUACUUCCUGAACAAGAAGAGCAAACUGCCCUGCAGCAAGAAGGACAAGAAGGAAGUGGCCAGCGGAGAGGUGAACAACGACAUUGUGGUGGAGAUGAAGACGGACAAGGCCAACGAGGAGGCCGGUCUCCUCAAGAGACCGUCCACACAACAGUGAUGAAACAAGACAAUGAAAGUAACCGACCGAGGGAUGAAGGGAAGGAGGAGAGCCGUUAUGAAGACAACAGGGCUAUUUUUUAUUCACUACACAAGACUGGACAGCAAGAGGUGGAACAUGGACAUUGGUUUGUUUUGGGACCUCGUGGAAAGCACGUCAUGGCAUCGGUUAUGCCUGUUUUAUAACCCGUAGAGCUUUCUGCAUGGAGUUUCUCCUUCUUUAUUAGAGAUAGGGUUGCCCGUAAAGAUUGAACUCCAUCCAUUUAUGCCACUGCAGGUUUAAAACCAUGUGCAAAAUCACUGGAUGACUUUAUUACCAUCAUUUGGUUCUUCCUCACCAAUCACUUCUUUGGUCGACUCUUCUACAGAAUAGAGCUGCACGGCGAGGCCUGGCUGACACAAUCCAAACACAGUGGCAGAAUCGUCCUUAUCUGCCCCAAAUUAAACACAAAAUGCCAUUAAGCCACUGUGUUUAUUCUGGAGUGUGUCUCCAUGCAAGUGUCUAUUCUGCCUUGGAGUCUGCACUUAAAUUCUGUGCUCUCUGCUGAGUAUAUUUGGGAGGAAAUUAUCACACGGUGCCAUUCUGUUAUUUCUUUCACCAAGUGAUGAUUUACGCUCCAAACAUUUAAUCUCUCAGCCCAUUGUUUGGCGCACACGGCUGUAACAUUUCCGCUUAAAAAAGCUCUGUUUUUGCUUUUGUGCCGUUUGUUUAAUUGCAUUUUUUUGCCACCUGUGAAUGUUUUUGUUUUUUUCCCCCAAUAUCCCUAAUUAGUUUUCUGCAGAAAAAGCCCAGGCAUUUAAUAACACCAAUCUCUUUUUUUAAAUUGCUUGCCUUUUUAAAUCCAGCUAAAAAGCCACCAAACAAGCAAGCUAUUAGGUUGUACAAAUUCGUUCUUGCCUGCAUACUUGUAUAUUUUGUUAGCACAUCAAUUGUUGGCUUUGCUCUCUCUGUUUUCUCUGUAAAUUCAAAUACUACUAUUACCCUAUCAAGCGGGAGGUGUGCUGCGCGUGAGGUGGAGUUCAAAGUGUCUGUGGUUACUAAACUGAUGCUUUAGGACCGUAAUUGCUGCCGUUCCUGACCGAGUCUUUCAGUUCUCUACUCCGGGAUGAAAGCUCACGAGCGCAACGCUUCUGCUCAGACAGACCAAUUAUUAUCGGCUUUCACUGUAAAGUUGUUGGAAUUUGGCGAAAUGGUCGACAAUCUAAAACUGGGGCCUGCUGUGUUGUUGUGACAACAAAAUGGGACUUUCAGGGGCUGCGACGCAGUAGUCACAGAUUGACCUGUUUGGAAGAAUAACUGGUUCACUCUAGUUUGACACAAGCAGGGAAGGGAUGGGAGGUAUCGGGGGUUGUUGAGUGUUUCUGUGUUCAGGUACGCAAUACUGGCAUUGUUUUCCCCCUACACUGCCGACAGGCCAGAGAGCCGACGUGCCCUUUUACUUUGUUGUACACUGGAACAAAUGGCCUUGUUUUUGUUUUUUUAAGAAUGUCACCUCAAGCCACUAUCUUUGCCCACAAGGCUAAUGUCUGUCUACUGAUUUUGCCAUAUUGACUGUUAGUAAACCUGUGAUGGCAGGCAAAGAUAAAUAAAGUAAACGUGGGUCUUUUCUUUCCUUUUUUUUUAAUGUUUUAUAUAAAAUAUUGUGGUUUAAAAAAAAGUUGUUGUUUUUAGAAAGGGGGAUUCUUAAUUUUGGAACUACUGAGUUUUCAUUUUUUCCAUGCUUUUCCACUCACUCUGAGAGAAGAGAGAAUUGUUGUUGUUUGUUUAUUUAGGAUUCUUUCCUUUAGGAGAUAUUCUCAGUGCUUUACUUCUCUCUGUACUGUAUACUGUAUAUUUUGUGGUACGCUGUUGUGACCUCUGUGGUGUGUUGAUGUAUCUUUAGAUUUUGUUCCAGCUGUGUAGAAUUUAUAAUGAAACAAAACUCAAGAAAACCAAUCACAGCUCCAUA